GUUCCUUCUCUUUCGCUAUCCAGCCCUCCGAGCCAAGUAAGUCUCCCCUUCCUUCUCUACCUUCCCGGUCAUGUCUUAUCAUAGUGAUAGGAUCUCCUCCUCAGAGGACUGCUCCUCUGAGGACUCCAACUCCUCUUCCUCGACCGGGUCUUUUUCUCUUGACUCUUCGCCCGGUCAGGUUCCCAACUCCUCCAUUCCCGACCCACAUCCUGUAAAUCAGGUGCCCGGUGAAACUUUCGUGGGGAGGGAUGACCCGGUCGAUGACGAACCGGGUCCCUAUGAUCCUGAACACGAAACCCGGGAUGCGUGGGAGGAGCGGCUUCAUGCUGCCGGUUACUUUCCACUCCCCACCUUCUACGUCCUUGACAUCCCUUCGCGUGUAUCCAAAAUCGCCUUGAACAAAAUUCGUAGGAGGCUCCCGGAUGGGUACACCCUCCUGUAUGAGCCCAACAGGCCCAACAUUGUCGAACCCCACCGGGAGGAUAGGAUAGGGUUCCAUACUAUUUCCCUGGAUGCGGGCAUAGUUUUUCCCCUUCGCCCCCUCCUAACCGAAGAAAAGUUUGUUUUCAUCGAGUUUCCCCCCUUCUUUACUCCUCUCGCCGGUCUGAAAUGGAAUGACCAUCUCCUUGACCAAGAGUACGCUGCACCGGCUUCCUCCCCUGACUUGGAGGCGAGUCUUGAAGUCCUCAUGCGCGGGGAUCCUUACACCGGGAGGGUCUUCCACUAUGGCAGCUGGGUCUGGAGGGUCGAUUCGGGUGGUGAGGGUACCUCCCCGGCCCAUGAAGCAGCGGGGCGCGGGGUACCCUCCCCGGGCAACACUGCAGAGGCUGAGGGCCAGAACCACCCAGAUAUGGAGUUUGAAGAGUUCGCUAUCCCCGAGGACCAACCAGCGGGGGAGACCGGGGGCUCUCAAACCAACACUGCCAGGACCUUCCCGGUCAAUCCCGAGACCGUGGAGAUCCUUGACGAAGAGGAGCCCCAAGAAGACCGGUCUAAGGGGAAGGAGAAGGAGAAGGCCGGUCGCCGGGUAAAGAAGGUGGCCACCACACACCCUUCCUACGCCAGGAAGAGGGCAAGGUCAGACCCUGAGCCGGCCGGCCAGACCAUCGAAGAGGACUUCGUCAACCUGGGGCUGAGGCUGAAGGAGGCAGGGGAGAUUGGACCCCUCACAGCCGACCGGCUUGGUUUAGGCUCUCCCUCGGAGUUUGCCCGGCUGAAGAAGGAGAAGGAGGAGAUGGCCCUCAUCUUGAAGAGCCAGGCUGACGAGUUGAUCAGGCUGUCCGAGCUAGCCGGGGCCCUGAAGACCGAGAUCUCACAGCUAAAGGAGGAGAAUGGCCGGCUAAUGGAUGAAGUCUCUGAGGCCCAGAGGGAAGCAGCGGAGAAGGAAGAAACCUUCCCCGGGCGUGUUGUCGCCUGGGUUGAAGAGAACAAGGGCGUUGCUGCCCGGGUGAUGACGGCGACUCCAGAGACAACGAUGGAGUCCUUCAGGCUUCUGUACCGGGAGCCUGAAGGAAAGAAGAUGAUUACCGCGAUUGGAUCCUUUGGAUUCAAGAGCGGUCAAAAGAAGGACAGGAUCGCCUCUCACCGGGUGCUGCUCAGGAGAGAUCCAAACUUCAGCGCUGCAUCCUAUGGCCUGGCCCCAAUCCCAGAGGAAGAGCCUACUCCCCCCUUCCCCUUAGACUAGGCCCCCCGGUUGUGCCCGGUUGUUUUUGAAAAAACCUCAACUUGAAAUUUUCCCGGGGAUGCCCGGUGUAGUUGUAAAACAUUUAACAUUCUUACUUCGUUUGAAUGCCAUGUUUUCUUUUCAUACCGGUUAAUCUUCCACGUCUGAUUGCUUGUCUGAUUUAUUUUUUUGAUCAUAGAAAUUCCGACCGGUAGCCCAAUCAGACCACUUCUCAAUUGUUUCUGACCGGGAAAACUUCAAAGUUCUCCUUGAUCACUUUAUCUGAAGG